AUGAAGAUUCUGAGUCUUAAUUUUCUUACCUGUGCGGUGAAGGCAUGCAAAUCUUCGUCCGACUCGUUUCCGCUUCACCCCAAGGACGCGGAGCUAGCUCACGAUGAUAUGGCUGUGAACCGUGAAUUUCUCACAAAUGUGAUCCGGCGGGUUGAUUGGACGGCACUCCGAACGACGCUGCUAGAGCUCGGCUUCCCUCCUUUACCAGAGGAGGCUCCAACCCCAGAGGCGCUUCAAGCGGACGAGAAGCUACUGAAGGAGUUGCACAACGUUCUGGUGGAAACGGAGAUUAUAGAGGGAAAGCUAGUCUGCGGCAAUUGUGGUCAUGAGUAUGGUGUUCGGGAGGGUAUCGCCAACUUCUUGCUACCGAGCCACCUAGUUUGA